UGCCCUGGAGCUCUCCUUUUCCCAUCAUGCUUUGCUCUAUCGGGACUUCUGGUCAGCUGAUCGUUGCCGUCGCAAGGAGAAAGAUGUCGCUGACGAACCGCUUGAGGAUGGAGGCUGUUUUUUCCGUCGUAUUGGUCAUCUGUUCGUUUGUCAGGCCAGGUGUCCACGCAGACAGCCUGACCGUGUUGCAGGCUCCUGAGUUUGUGUCCUUCCAGAAAGGAGACUGGCCAAUAUCUGGGGAGAGGGUUCCUGACCUGGUGGCUCUAACCAUGGGCUUCUCUGUCCAGGAGGAUCUGUCCUGGCCAGGCCUCCAGGUGGGGGGGUUAUUUCAGCGGCCCCGGGCUAACGUGCUGGUGGUGGUGAGGGGAGUUGAUAGUCUCAACUUCCCUCAGAGUGUGGCCUCCUACCCCCUGGAAAACCCGGUACCCUUCACCCUGGAUAGUGUUGCAGAGACUGUGCACUCCUUGUUUUCCGAGUACACUCCUGUCGUGCUGCAGCUGGCCCCCAGUGAGGAGCGGCUUUACAUGCUCGGCAAGGCCAACGCCGUGUUCGAGGACCUGCCGGUCACCCUGCAGCAAAUCCGCGCCCGUCUGUCCCAGGACGGCUCCGUGCUGACAUCCCUGCCCCUCAACUCCCUCAGCAGGAAUUCAGAGGCAGAUUUGCUCUUCCUGUCUGAGGUCCAAGUUCUGCAUGACAUCUCAGCUCUGCUGCAAAGGCACAGGCAUUUGGCCACGGACUACUCCCCUGACCUGUACUCUUUAGAGCUGUCCGGCCUGGAGGAGCUGAGUCGAAUUUACGGCAAAGACUCUCCCCAGUACCGGGAUGCCACAGCCAUUCUGUCCUCCGUCCUUCAAAAGUUUGGAGAGGAUGUGUACCGUCUCUAUGGCAACAGGGCUGUAGUGGAGGUCGUAACAGUGAAGACUUUCGAGGCUCCUUUGACAAGGAAGUCUCGCUCCAUCCUGGAAUCCAAACAGAUUAGUAACCCGGGCAGCCCCUUCAACCUGGCCUACAAGUACAACUUUGAAUACGCUGUGAUCUUCAACAUCGUGCUGUGGCUGAUGAUCAUACUGGCGCUCGCUGUGAUCGCCAUUGCUUACAACCUGUGGAACAUGGAUCCAGGAUAUGAUAGCAUCAUUUAUAGGAUGACCAAUCAGAAGAUCAGAAUGGACUGAAGUCCGGAGCACCAGCACUCUCUUUUCCUCUUUAGACCCUCUAGUGACUGUUUUGUGUUUUUGUGUAAGCUCUUGUGGUGUGGUGUUGAAAACAAACAAAAAAAUUGUGAAAGUGAUUGGAGGAAGAGCUCAGUGCUGAAUCACCUCAGCACUGGCACGGUAACAGACAAAAAUAUGUCAGCAUUUCAGCGUUGGUCCUUAAAGGAGACACAUGCUAGUUUAUUAAAAUAGGAAUGGAAUGUCUGUGAUAUGCUUACAGAGAUGCAACAGCAGCUCCUUUUAGUUUUCUCCUGUGUUCCUCAGAUCCGAUAUGGUAAAGGCCCUAUGCCCUCAGACCACACACUAAACAAAGAGGAGAAUACUCCUGUAAUUCAUUCUCAAAUACGUAAAGUUCCCUUCAUUUCCCUUUAGCUUUCAACAGCUGGUAGACUUCUGAAAUGUUGCCAGCUAGUCUGACAAUACUGUUGAGAUUUUGCAUUGUACAGUUUAAGCUUUUAGCAGUUAAAAUUGAUAAUGGUUGACUAUAUCAGUAUAUCAGGAAUUGUCUUUUUGGUAUAGUGAGACAUUAGUUUCACUGCAAAUCAGACCAGCUAGGACACAUUUUCAGAGACAUUUGGCCCAAAAAAAGCUGCUAUGGUUUUACUUUUAGAUAACUACAGACAUCUAAAUGUGUGCUCCUGGGUACAGAAUAGUGGAAAAUCCAUUAUAUGUCCCCUUUAAGCUUGACGACAGCAAAAUCCUCAUGUGUACUAAGUAAUGAACAAAUCCAGACUUCCUCCUUCAACUUCACGGCUCGCAUCAUUCCUUACAGCUUUAACUGUUAAAUCUUUUCUGGCUUGUUAAUUGCAACUGUAAUUUUUUUUUAUUGUCCAACAAGAGACAAAAAACAAUGAUGUUAUGAAAGAAUGAGAUUUGUAUGGGUUCAAAAGUAGUACUUGUUCUGCUGUGUGAAAACAAUUUUAAGUUAAAUAAAUCUAUGUGUAUAUAUUGAAAAUGCAAGUGUAACAGAAGCUGUACUGCUGUAUUCAUGUGACAAGAUGUGUCCAUGUAUGUUUAUUCCAAAUGAUAGGUAUUUGUUGGAAUACACUGGAAAAGUUUUACCGUAAGUUCUGUUAAGAUUGAAGGAGAAAAUUUAAGCUCGGGCAAGUGAGAUAAAUGCUUGACAAUAAAUUAUUACAUGGAUUAUACUGUGUACUCAUUCUGGUUUAAUAUAAAAAUGUGUUUAAUUAUAUAAUUUAAAAAAAAAGUAUUAUUAGGGAUGAAUCUAAAAACUUAACCGAAAAUGUAUGCAAUUUGAGGCAAAGAAUGGAUCGAAGCUUUGGCUGAUUACGUGCUUUCUGUUCCUGUUCUAUCUGUACCAAACAUAGGACACAGCGGAAAUUUAAACACCCUUCGAGUUAUUUCCCAGGAAAGUAUUUUUAAUUUGUCGUGGUAUCAGUGGGGGAGCAAAAGAGGAACUAAAGGACAGUAUCGGUUAGUGUUUGUAAAGUUGCAUUACAGG